AUGUCUGACAACAAGAAGCCAACAGUCACAACCUCCCAAGGUUACCCAAUCCCAUACCCUUUUGAAACACAGAGGGUUGGUGAGCACGGGCCACUGCUGCUCCAGGAUUUCAACUUGAUUGACUCCCUUGCCCACUUUGACAGGGAGAGAAUCCCAGAGAGAGUUGUCCACGCAAAGGGCUCAGGUGCGUACGGUUACUUUGAAGUUACCGAUGACAUCACGGACAUUUGUGGGUCCGCGUUCCUCGACACCGUGGGGAAGAAGACCAAGACAUUUGUGAGAUUCUCUACUGUUGGUGGAGAAGCUGGUUCUGCCGACGCUGCGAGAGACCCAAGAGGGUUUGCCAUCAAGUUCUACACCGAGGAGGGCAACUUGGACUGGGUGUACAACAACACGCCUGUGUUCUUCAUCAGAGACCCGAUCAAGUUUCCGCACUUCAUUCACACGCAGAAGAGAAACCCUCAGACGCAUUUGAAGGAUGCCAACAUGUUUUGGGACUACAUGACCCAAAACCAGGAGUCUGUUCACCAGUUCAUGGUUCUGUUCUCUGAUAGGGGUACGCCAGCAACGUUCAGAAACAUGAAUGGUUACUCCGGCCACACUUACAAGUGGUCGAACAAGAAGGGCGAGUGGUUCUACGUGCAAGUGCACUUGAUCACUGACCAAGGCAUCAAGAACUUGAACAAUGAGGAGGCUGGCAAGAUGAGCGGUGAGAACCCAGACCAUGCGCAGGAGGACCUGUUCAACUCCAUUGCGAAGGGUGAUUUCCCAUCCUGGACUGUCUAUAUCCAAGUUAUGACUGAGGCACAGGCCAAGGAGUUGCCAUUCUCCGUGUUUGACUUGACCAAGGUGUGGUCCCACAAGGACUUCCCACUGCGUCGUGUCGGUAAACUGACUUUGAACGAGAACCCACAGAACUACUUUGCUGAGGUUGAACAGGCUGCCUUCUCCCCAUCCCACACUGUCCCAUACCAAGAGGCGUCUGCUGAUCCGGUGUUGCAAUCCCGUCUGUUCUCCUACCCAGAUACUCACAGACACAGAUUGGGUACAAACUACGCUCAAAUCCCUGUCAACUGUCCUUACGCAAAGACUUUCAACCCAGUCAUCCGUGACGGUCCUAUGUGUAUCAAUGGUAACUACGGUGCAGCACCAAACUACAUUUCCACCCUGGAGAACCCUGUUGAGUACAAGACCCAGUCCAACUUCAACUACCAGGCAAACCAGGAGACAUGGCAAGGCCCUGCACUGCCAUACCACUGGAAAGUUGGUGGUGACAUCGACUAUGCCCAAGCUAGGGCACUUUAUCAAAAUGUUUUGUCUAAACAACCUGGCCAACAGAGGAACUUGGCUCACAACAUUGCAGUCCACGUUGCCAAUGCUGUUCCUGUGAUCCAGGACCGUGUCUUUGACGUUUUUGCUAAGGUUGAUCCAAAAUUGAGCAAUGACAUCAAGACUGAGCUGAUAUAA